CGUCCGCUGCGUCUCCGGCAUUUGAAUCGCGCUUCCGCCAUCUUUCCAGCUUCAGUCGGACAGGCGCGGAGACUCUUCUGGAAGCCGCUCUCUCCCGCAGGAUCGCCGCGAUGGCCGCCCAGGGAGAGCCGCAGGUCCAGUUCAAGCUCGUCCUGGUGGGCGACGGCGGCACCGGGAAGACGACGUUCGUGAAGCGCCACUUGACGGGCGAGUUCGAGAAGAAGUAUGUAGCCACCCUGGGCGUGGAGGUGCACCCGCUCGUCUUCCAUACCAACAGAGGACCCAUCAAGUUCAACGUGUGGGACACAGCCGGCCAGGAGAAGUUCGGGGGCCUGCGCGAUGGCUACUACAUCCAAGCCCAGUGUGCCAUUAUAAUGUUUGAUGUAACAUCAAGAGUUACUUACAAGAACGUACCUAACUGGCAUAGAGAUCUGGUACGAGUGUGUGAAAACAUCCCCAUUGUAUUGUGUGGCAACAAGGUGGAUAUUAAGGACAGGAAAGUGAAAGCAAAAUCUAUUGUUUUCCACCGAAAGAAGAAUCUCCAGUACUAUGACAUUUCUGCCAAAAGUAACUACAACUUUGAAAAGCCUUUCCUCUGGCUUGCCAGAAAGCUCAUUGGAGAUCCUAACUUGGAGUUUGUUGCCAUGCCCGCUCUUGCCCCACCUGAGGUGGUCAUGGACCCAGCUUUGGCAGCACAGUAUGAACAUGAUUUAGAGGUUGCUCAAACGACUGCCCUCCCGGAUGAGGAUGAUGACCUGUGAGAAAGUGAAGCUGAAGCCCUGCGUCAGAAGUCUAGUUUUAUAGGCAACUGUCCUGUGAUGUCAGCGGUGCAGCGUGUGUGCCACCUUAUUUAGCUAACAGAUCGUGUACUUCAUUGGGAUGCUGAAGGAGAUGAAUGGGCUUCGGAGUGAAUGUGGCAGUUAAAACAUACUUUCAUUUUUUUUGGACUUGCAUAUUUAGCUGUUUGGAACAGAGUUGUUUCCUUCCUGAAUUUCAAAGAUAAGACUGCUACAGUCGCAUCACAAUACUCAGUGGUGAAACCUUGUUUGUUACUGUCAUUCCCAUUCUUUUCGUUUAGAAUCAGAAUAAAGUUGUAUUUCAAAUAAUCUAAACAAGUGAAUCAUCCCUUGUAAGCAUAUUAAAGCCACUAACAUAGGGGAGCUUGUGUCAUAUUAAUAGUUAAAUGCUUUUGCUUAUUCGAUUUUCUUGUGCCUACUUUUGCAAACAUUUGGAUUGAGUCAUGACCUAACCGUCCCUGUACAGGUGUAAGAUUUCAGUAUGUCCGCAUCAUAUGUUUAAGGAUUGUAGUUGACUGUAACCUUCAGAAGUCAGAACUGUUACUGGGAUAGAAGCUUGAGGGUUUUCUGAGAGUACAUUUUGUUUUCAUGUUGGUUUCCAUGUCUAAUGUUGAUUCUUUAAGAUGUUAACUGCUUUCAAGUGGUGGCUCAUGCCUUGAGUGAUGAUCUCAGGAGGCAGGGGCAAGAAGAUGCCUACCUAGUGUUCAGAGCAAGUUCCAGUUUAGCCAGGACUGAGAUGUGUCUCCAAAAAAAAAAAAAAAAUUCAUGGCAGGCUUUGUUACAGUAUUAACAGCAUCUGAUGAUUCUCCUCCCCCCAGGGUUUUUUUAGGCAGUGCAAGAAAGGAAAUGCUAGAAUAGGCCAGAGUACUACCACUAUCAAUUGAACCUUUAUCUUAGGUUUGUCAUCCCAUCAGAACUACCUUGUACUCAGAUGUAAACAGGCGAUUCUGUGGGCUCUGUUGGUCAAGUCUACCAAAGUUCUUUAGAUGGUUACUUGUUUUUUUUUUUUUUUUCCAAAGAAGGUAGAGUUAUUUAAAUAAAAGGAGGAUGAAAGGAAGUUGUUCUGUGCACUAGCCUUAAUAGACUGAUUUCAAAACUCAAUUUGAUGUAUAUGCUAUGCUACAAUCAGGUGAAGACCCCCUCCCCUGACCAGGAUGAAACCUCAUUUAGAUCUCUUGAAUUAAUACAAUGUGUGUAAACCUGGUAUAGAAUGUAGAACCUUACCACUUACUGAGUUUUGUAACAGUUAAAUUUGGGAGCUGCUUACGUGUGUUUAGCCAGAGUACAGAGGAUUUACAUUUAUUGAAAGAACUGUUAAAUAUAUCACUUCUGCUUUGCCUCA